CUAGCUUUUGCCGACACUUCCAAAAUUAAAUUAUUUGUUAUUGUCGCUCACCCCGUUCGGUCUAGUUUGUCGAGUUUGCCGCGAUGUCUAUCUAUGCCGACGUAGAAAAGGGACCUGCCAUCGAGGUGUUCGCCUUGACGGAGGCCUUUAAGAACGAUACCCAUCCCAACAAAGUCAACCUCUCGGUGGGCGCUUACAGGACAGAUACCGGAGUUCCAUGGGUGCUGCCGGUGGUGCGCAAAACAGAGAUUUCCAUUGCCAGCGAUGUGUCUUCGAACCACGAGUAUUUGCCAGUGACUGGUCUGGAUACGUUCACAAAGGCGGCAACGGAAUUGGUGCUGGGUGCCGAUUCCCCUGCCAUCAAGGAGAAUCGCGCCUUUGGAGUUCAGACAAUUUCGGGUACCGGUGCUCUGCGUGUGGCCGCAGAUUUCCUGCACACCCAGCUGAAGCGGAAUGUGGUCUACUACUCCAAUCCCACAUGGGAGAACCACCACAAGAUCUUCUCCGACGCUGGCUUCACUACGCUCAAGUCGUAUCGCUACUGGGACCAAAGCAAGCGUCAGCUGGACUUCAAGAACAUGGUGGCUGAUCUGAACGAGGCUCCCCCUGGUGCAGUGAUCAUACUGCACGCCUGCGCCCACAACCCCACAGGCAUUGACCCCACGCAGGACCAGUGGAAGGAGCUGGCCACUUUGAUGGAGAAGAAGAAGCUCUUCCCUCUAUUCGAUUCCGCUUACCAGGGCUUUGCCAGCGGAGAUCCGGACCGGGAUGCCUGGGCCGUGCGCUACUUUGUGCAGCAGGGCUUCGAGCUUUUCACCUGCCAGUCCUUUGCCAAAAACUUUGGCCUAUACUGUGAGCGUGCCGGAAAUCUGACGGUGGUACAGCAGCAUGGAGCCACCAAGGCAGCCGUGCACUCACAGCUAACGCUGCUCAUCCGCGGCCAGUACUCAAACCCGCCCGCCUACGGAGCCCGCAUCGUAUCGAAGGUGCUCAACACACCGGAGCUGCGCACGGAGUGGAUGCAGUGCAUCCAGAGCAUGUCUAGUCGCAUCCGCGAGAUGCGGACGGCGCUGCGCGACAAGCUGGUGACAUUGGGCACACCCGGCAACUGGGACCACAUCGUUAACCAGAUCGGCAUGUUCUCGUACACGGGACUGAACGAGAGUCAGGUGCGCGUCCUUAUCAACGAGUUCCACAUCUACCUGUUGAAGACCGGCCGUAUUAACAUGUGCGGACUGAACACCGGAAACAUUGAGUAUGUGGCCAAGGCGAUCCAUGCCGCUGUCACCGGGGCAGCUACCCCCUGUCCGUGCGACAACAAAUUGUAAUCAAUCAACGAUCAGGCCAGAGGUUUACUGAAUAUAACGCCCGCAUCAACGAUUAUCUGUCUGCACCAUUAGCAUUUACUUCGGAAACCAACAGAAAUUGCAAUUAUUAAUCGGUUAUACGCGUCUUUUACAUGGAUAAAUUAUACACUUUAAAUGGUAUGAAAUAUUGGAAAGUUAACACAAAUUGAGCACGUUUAAUGGCCGUCAUGGAUAUUGGUUAAAUAACGAUGUUUGGCUGGAUAGCUAAAUCUUUAUUGACUUGUAUGUAGUCCUUAGUUACAACGACAAUAACAUUACUAAAGUAUUUCAUAA